AUGGUUUUUGUGAUGUUUCUACAGAAUCUACCUCUUGUUCCGGAUGAGAUCUCAGGAAGGCCUCUUCCUAAAAGAGUGACCGUUAAAAGCGUGUCCUCCGGGAACGUUUGGAGAAUGGAAAUGAUCAAGAACGGUGAAGGUGGCACCGUGUUUCUCCGGAACGGGUGGAAGAAUAUCGCCAAGGACGAGAAUCUUAAAGAGUCGGCUUUUUUAGUGUUUGAGUUUGAUGGUUAUCGCGUGUUCCACUUCUGCGUGUACGAUCACAGCACAAUGUGUAAAAGAAUGAGAACUCCAACGGAAAAAGAAGUCACUGAAGUAGAGAGUGAAGAAGAAGAAGAAGAAGAAAGUGAAAGUGAAGAAACUGAUGAUGAAGAUGAUGAUGAUGAUGAUUAUGAUGAUGAUGAUGAAGAGAGCAAAGAAUGGCUAGCUGAUUCGGCAAAAAGAAAAGAAAGAGCGGGCGGUACGAGACGGAGACGUUCGUAUUUGGAGACUGAAAGUGAGGAGAUGGAAGAAUAUCUUGACGACAAAAAGAAUCCGCAUUUUCCGAUGGAUAUUACCAUGAAAAGAGCGCGCAUACCGGCUAAACGUAUAAAGGAUUACAACCUGAGAUUUCCCGAGUUGGUUGUUGUGAGUGACAAGAUUGGCAAAUUGAAGAGGAAAAUAUCGGUUUGGAAUAACAAGUCUGUGAUUAUAAAUGGACUCGGAAGCAUCACGAGAAGGAACUAUGUGAAGUCAGGAGAUAGAAUCAUCUGCGAGCUAAAGAUGGUCGAUGGUAAUCACGGGAUGGUCAAAGAAGUCAAGAUCCACGUUAUCAAAUUCAAAGGAUGA